AUGUAUUCAGGUAUUAAUAUUGAAGUAGUAAGUAUUGGGGCCUCGCCGCCGUCGGAUGCUAUGUAUCGGUGCGUGGAGUGCAACGAGGAGGCGAUGGAGUUGCACAGGGAUUACAGCCACGGUAUCAUCAAGAUCACCAUUUGUAGAUCAUGCCAGAAACCUGUUGAUAAAUAUGUUGAAUAUGACCCAGUGAUUAUUCUCAUCGAUGCGAUCUUGUGCAAAGUUCAAGCUUAUAGGCAUAUAAUCCUCAAUUCCAAAAUUAAUAUUCACUGGAAGCUAUGCAUUUUCUGUUUGUUAUGUGAAGCAUAUCUUAGGUGGUCACAGCUACAGGAUUCACAGCAAACAGUUGAUCCAAUCGAUAUAAUUCGUUCUGCCAAAGAAUGGGACUUCUAUCUGAUGUUUGGAUUGGCUAGUUUGGAGCUAACUGCAUUCCUGAGUGGGGUGUUCUUCUUCUGGUUAACAAAGCAUGAUUUCAUCCAGAAAAAAUCAAAUCUCUACAUGCUGCUAAUAGCCAUAUUAUUAUCUGGUUACGGGAAACUCCUUGUGAUUCCAGUUAUAAUUUGGGAACAUGACUACUCACCUCUGUACAUUAACCUCAUCAAGUUCUUUGUUCUGGCGUCCAACGCACAAGCCGUCAGAGUUGUGUUGAAUAGUAGCAGGAGGUUUGCAUUGUCUGUCAUUACUGUUGGAUGGUUGGCAGAGCGGUUUACAGCCUACAUCUUUCAGCAUCUCAAAUGGAGUACAUAGAAGAUUCAGAACACUAGGCUGAAGUACAACAAAUAAAUGGCUUGCAAGCCCUGGUCAGUCUGAGAAAAGUUUUAUUCUUCCUGCUGACGCACAUUGACAGUGGAAACAGACAUGGAAAACAGAAGGAAGGAAGCAAAUUUAAAAAAAAAAUCACGUUUUCCGAAAAGUUUGCAUUUAAAUUAAAUUAUCCAUCCAGCUGUACCACUGUUGGAAAGAAUCACAUUCAGUAAUGUGUUGCAAUACUACUUUUGUCUUGCAUAAUGGGUUGAUCAAAUUCUAAAAUAUGUAGUGAUUUUAUAAAUUAACAGGCAAGAA